UCGCAGAAGCGACAGGAAGACAACAAGACCGCCCAAGUGUUCAGAAAUCUCUCCAGACGAUACGUUUGGUCUAUGUGAUUGACUUAAAAAGUUAUUAUUUGGUACACGGAACACACACACAAUAUCAUUCCGGUUUAGCGUCAAUUGAGAAUUAGAAAACCAUACUGGGAAAAUAAGGUUUCUUCCAAUGUUGAGAGGACAGGACCAGUCGCAAUUAUCUAUAAGGAAAACAAAGGGUUUGCACUGUUAUACUUCCGAUUUGUGAUAUUCUUAAUGGAUUUCGAUUGUGGUUUCUCUCACAUAUUCUUAUUUUGUACCAAAUCUAUUGGACGUAUUUGAUACCUGAAGGAGGACAAUUGUAUCAGAAGCCACAAACUGCCAUCUGCAUAUAAACUUCACCAUGGCUUUGGAAGCGAACGUUAUUCUCAUCAUCUCCCUUGUGUCUAUGGUUCACCUUGCCAUUACGGACGAUCCAACAUACAUCCAUUUCUGGGUCAAUCUAGACCCAAUGAAGGGUGGAGUAAAAGGCAAGAGGAUCUGGAAUCCGAACCUGGAAGCGGAAACAACGGAGGCGAAAAUUGUUCUGAACAAGACCAUGAUAAGCGGAGUGGCCUGCGCGGCUGAAUGCUUGAAGCGUUUCAAGAAGAUAUCGAGCACCGAGGCCUGCACCGGGUACAAUUGGAACGGGAAGGAUCUCAUGUCUAAAGGAAGAUGUGUUCUGGUCACCGCCUUCGACGCAGCUGAUGACGACUUGAAGAAAACAAUCGUGAAGGUGGACGCAGAUUGGUCCUACUACGAUUUGGAGUGUCCAAAUGGGAAACCAAAAGACACUUUCUGCGAUUAACAGAUCCUGAACCACGUGACUGGAGACCUGAACGGCAAGCGACAGAUCCAUUCGUAUUCAUAAAAACGGGGAACUGAUGCUUCCUAUUCAUCGUAGGCCUUGAUUUGAGAAAAAUCAGAAACUAAGAAAAUUACGCUGCAUUUUAGGUACUCGGAUCAGACUUACAUGUACAUUAUAUACUUAUGUACACUUUAACACUGCAUCCACAUUUCAGAAAUGAAUUAACUUUCGUAUCAAGAAUGAUACGAUGUCUAAAGCUGUACAUUGAUGUAUAGGCUAGAAACUGCGUUUUUGUUACGCAAUAUUGCUAUGAAGUGCCAUCCUCUUGCGUAUUGUAUAAUUAUUCGCAAUGUCUACUUAACUCGACUGGGCAGUCCAUUGUGUCAUCCUAAUUGGGUUAGGGUGAGGAACGGGCCCGGUCCACUGCGUCCGGAGUGUAAACUUCUACAGGCAUCGAAGUAAACUGAUAUUUCAAAUAAAUGUUUUGAUGUGAGAAUGUGACAAAAUCGACUGAACGAAUGAAUACCAAGGAUGAAUACCAAAUGAAUAUCAAGGGCGAAUACCUCAUCUGACUUUCUUCGUCCUGAAAAAUUUGAAUGUGCAUGGAUCUCAUUUCUUGGGCAUCUCACAUGUUCGCGAGAAAGGAGAAAGGACAUUCUGUUCCUCGCUAAAAUCAUGAUGAAGUCCAUGGUAAAAUCCAGUUGGAAUCCGAGAAUCAGUCGAAGAUAGGCGGUCAUGUUUAGAUGGAUGAGUAAAAAAGGGAAGCAUGAUACAGGCCAAAUAUCUUCGAUAUUCUCUCGUCCAAUACAUGGUACUUUGAAUCAGUUAGAGUUUUCCUUCAUUAACCGUGCUAAGUGCUCUUAAAUCCUCUAUAACAACGCAUGAAAACACGAAAUUGCACAGCAAACUGUCUUGCCGCUGGGCUCAUCACUUAAGCCAAAAGUAUAUUCGAGAAAAAAUCAAUAAGAACAAUAUUUUUUUGCACAUUUCUGUUACUGAUCGCAUUGUCAGAUUCUGCAAUCAAAAUAUUAUUUUGGUGUCGUAUUGAAUUUUAUCUUUACCGUGCAAGAUGUCGUAUUCGCUAUACUCUGAAUAGAAAUUUAGUGGAUGACAUUUCAUG